UGAAAUUAUUCUAACGCAGCGUUUUACCAACACUGUCGACGAUGCUGCUUCGCUGCUUCGGCUUUUGUUGCAUCCAUGCAAAAUUUCAGUAUUACAGCAGGCACUAACGGAAACAGUUCAUUUCAUUACAUACGUAUAUGUAUGUGAAGUAUUUUACAUCAAGAAGCAGCAAACACCCACCUCUUCUUCAAAAAUAAAGAAGAAAAAAAAAUAGAAAAACAUUUAAUAAAUAAAUGAUUUUCGCCUUUGUUGAAUUUUGAUUAUACAGUACAUACAAACAUUCAUACAAGCAAUAAACAAUAACUGACCAUUAGCAAACCUGUCGUAAAAAUGGCGAAAAAAUCACGUAAAACAUUGUCAAUAGCCUUUGAAAAAGAGGCAAUUGGCCAAUUUCUUUUGCACCUAUACGAUCUUCAAACUGAGAAACCUGAAACCGAUUGGAGCAUUUCAAAGCAGGAAGUGCGCACUGCGUUUUUGGAAUUUUUGAAUUUGCCGGAAAAUGUUGUGAUCCGCAAACGUAUGCCGAAGAUACCGGCAAAAGAGAUUGGUGUUUUACUCCGGCGCACCGCUUACUUGAUUGAUAAGCCCAAAGGUUGUGAAUUUUUCUGCAUCAGAAUUAAAAAAUUUUUGCAAUUCAAGGAAAUUAAUGAGCUGCAUCAGGAAUUUGAAAAGAAGCUGGUAAUGUACAAUGCAGAGAAUCAGAAACUCCAUCGUUUAUCUACGAAAUCAAACUUUCACAUCACCACAGGUUUACCACAAUUCCUGCCCACGCCUGAAAUUUUGAGCUUGAAGAAGGGAAACUACCCGGAUGAGGCGCUCUGUGUAUUUUCACCAAAGUUUGCUGACUAUCUGAAUGGCGGUGGAAUUUUCACACCGGAAAAUAUGUUUGAUGCCAUGAAAAUGCUAUUGCGUAUCGAAGAUAUGAAUAUAUUGCAUAGAUAUCAUCUGCUAAUACAACGCAAUGUGAAGUUGGCUCAGUCAUCGGAUCGAUAUAUUUUCACACUAAGUGGAAAAUCUCGUCACCUCGGUUGUGCCAACGACGCUUUACUCUCUCGCUUUAAUCGUGUUAUGGUUAUCCCCGAAUGUAAAGAGACUAAUUUAUUGCCUAAACGAGAAUACUUGGAAUUCCUAAUGAGUGGUUCGCUUGAUUUCAAAUCCACUUCCAUCGCAAUUGAAACCACUUUUCUUGGUCGAAUUGAGAUGGUAGAAGGUAAGCAGGUGACUUUAGUGAUGGAUGGAAAUAUUAAAUUGGAACCGAAGCCAAGGUAUCUCAUAAUAUUUUAUCCGGCACGUGUAACGCUACGUUAUCAAUACAAUGCGUUGGAAAUUUAUAAAAAAGAUCAGGAAGUAUUGAAUCGAUUUCUUUUUCCCGAACCGUCGAAUGCGCCUACGCUGUCGGAAAUUUGCUUGUCUUUCUAUAACAAGAAUAUAGCCGCUAAUCCUGAACAGAAAGAAGCGGUCAAAAACAUUGUGUCCAUCAGUAAAAAUAAUCAUGUCUUAUCGCCAUUCGUUAUUUUCGGACCACCCGGCACGGGCAAAACAUCGAUAAUGGUCGAAACAAUAUUACAAUUGUUGCAUGAGCCCGACGCGAAAAUCCUUGUAACAGCCGGUCCGAAUUGUGCUUGCGACGAAAUCGCCUUGCGUAUUUGCAAUGCGCUUGCGCUGGGCAAAGAGCCACGCUCACAAAUAUUGGCGCGCGUCUACUGUUUUUCGCAAGAGCAACGACGUGAAAAUAUGAAUAAAUUACUACUGGAAUAUUCGAAUAUGUACGAUUGGCAUUUCUAUCCGGAUUUGGAAGUGCUACAAAGCUAUCGUGUUGUGGUAUGUACACUGAGUGCUGUCGGUAAACUGGCCAUGGGCAGUCUUAAGCAUUUCACGCAUGUUUUUCACGAUGAGGCAGGCGCGUGCUCCCUAUCGGAGUCCUUAGUCGGUUUGGUUAGUGCGCUGGGUGAAAAGUCGCAAUUAAUCAUAGCCGGUGAUCACAAACAAUUGGGUGCGAUAGUGAAAUCGGAUCGUGCCGAACAAUUGGGUUUGGGCGUAUCGCUAAUGGAAAGAUUGCUGGACCGUAAGUGCUAUGAUGUUGUUGUUGAUGGGGACAACGAACAAUAUGAACGCAGUAUACAGACGCGUUUGUGUCGUAAUUUCCGUUCGCAUCCGGCGAUCGUGAAACUUUUCAGUCAUUUAUACUAUGAGGAUAAGCUAUUGGCCAUGGCGCCCAAAGAACAAACCAAUUGGGCCGAGAACUGGAAAGUUUUAAAAGAUAAAGAUUUUCCCAUAUUAUUUCAAUCCGUACGUGGUAAAGAAGAGGUGGAUGAAGAUACUGGCAGUCUUGCUAACUGGAAAGAAGUGCUACAGGUCAUGCGCUAUGUAGAUGAUUUAUUGGAAAACGGUUUGGGUGAUGGACGCAAAUUGGAGGAGAGUGACAUUGGCAUAAUAUCGCCAUACCGCAAUCAGUACAUGACAAUCCAAGAGGAAUUGAAUGUUGCACGUAAAUUUCAAAUCGAAACCGGUUCGGCGGAGAUAUAUAGAGGCAAGGAGAAGGCGGUAAUAAUCGCAUCCUUUGUUCGUUCGAGAACUAAGUCUAUCGGUUUCCUCAAAAAUCCAAAGCGUUUGAAUGUUAUAUUAUCGCGUGCCAAAUCGCUGCUGAUCCUUAUCGGAAAUGACGAGACGCUAUCCCAACAGGGCGAUUAUGAAUUUAUCAUUAAAGAGUGCCAACGUCGUGGAAAUUUCUUACCCGAUCCGACAGCGUUUUUGUAAAAAUUUUAUGUACCGAAUGGAACAACAAGCACAACUUUUGUUGAUGACGACCACGCUUGAGUUUCAUGUAGGAGGAGCAUGGAAAUGAUGAGCGAGAUCUAGAGUUUGGUUAUUGGUUUGUCGUGAGAGGAUGGGCUUUGCUCUGAUGUGGAUUGUGGCGAAUCGUUCAUCCAUUGGAGUGUAUGGUAGAACUCGACGACGGUGUUUCUCACCCACAAUAUAAAUUCAACUUGUGCUUUUCUAUAUGGUCGUUUAGUCGAUUUCAUUAGACUCACUUUCUGCCGUCCUUGUCUCCCGUCAAUCGCACUUCUUGGAUGGCGGAGAUGUCAGAUUUUAGUCAUCAGCCAGUUUUAGGCAGCGAUGCCUUCCCAAUGAAUGCACACGACAUUCAAGUUGAGCCAGCCCUCUUCGCCCUAUUCUCGCCAUUUAAAUAAUUAGAAGUAGAAGACAAAGGAUUUAGGUGCUAAAUGGAGCGCGAAUAAAUAUCACAGCACCUUUGGCAUUUCAUUUUAUUAUAUAUAAUAUUUAUAUAAAGAUAUGCAUAUAUGUG